AUGUUCGGUACAUGGAGAUAUGAUCCGACAGACAACAAGCUAAUAGGCAUCCAAGAUUCUAGCGUCAAAGCAAAGACAUGGAAUCGUGGCAAACUAAAUUCUGCUUGUAAGGCAUGCAAGGAUAAGAAGUUACGCUGCACAGCGCAGAGGACUGGCUGCGACAGAUGCAAGGCGAACGGAACUACUUGCAUCUAUGUCCCACGUCGAGCUUCGUCAAGAGCAACUACAAAUCCGCAUCGAGCAGAGGGUGAAAGUCAUGGUGGACGUGAGAAAACAGUAGAGAAAGCCGAUAGCAGAUACCAGAGUCGGAGCAGCUCUAGUCCAGUCGGUGAUCCUUCAGAGUCAGAACAGCUCAAUGGCGAAUCAAGUACCCUCGCAUCUGGGAUGUCAAUGUCUCCAGCUCCGAGUCUUGAUUCCUUGCACUUUCUACAAGAAGCAAUCCUUCCCAGUGGAAGUCUCGAUAUAUUUGAAGUAGCGAUGCAGCCAGACUACAGCUUGGGGGGCGGGGGCCUGGAAUUCGAGCUGUCUGAUGACAAUAAUAAUGAGGACAACGAUGACAACGACAAUGGUAAUGCCAAUUGCAACAGCAACAGUAUUAGCAACAGCAACAGCAGCAACAGCAACAGCAAUGUUAAUGGCUUCCAUGUGUUCGAUCAAGACCAAGACCUCCUAUUGUCAACCGAACAAGAUCUUGACAGCCUAGGGUUUCCUUUACCAACCCCCAGUGAUUCUACUAGCCCGCCCCGCUCCCGUACCGAGCGCCAACCACCGGCGCUAGCACUAGCUCCGGAGCCAGCUCCGGCACACUUAUCCCUGGGCCCUGACCCUUUUACUUUCACUGGGAGCCCGCGUCCACGUCCGUCACACCAUCGGCGGAACACCACUACAAACAUCAAGGUCGCUACCUGCCCCUGCUCUUGUCUGCAGAACCUGGCUGCACUCCUAGAACGACUUAUGCUUAUGACCUCUGGCAUAUCCACACCACAAACCCAAUCGCUCGAUGUCCAACUUGCCAUCCAUAAAGCAGCUUUAGCCCGCUGUGAUGCAGUCCUCUGCUGCACUUUAUGUGACACACGCUCUGAAAACACCAUGCUGUUAAUCACGGUCUGUGAGCGCAUUGUGGACAUGUGUGCUAACAUUGUUGAUACCUACCACCUUCACCUCGAUGCUGAUCAAAGUGCCACUGCUUCGCUGGACUCGCUGCUACAAAACUCAGGUGCAUCGGCACCUUCCAUACCAGAGUCGGCUUCUUCGUCUAAUACACUAGUCUCAGGUCCAGUUAGUCCUCUGUCUGUGGGGUCUUUUCAGAUCUCGUCGAUGAAUGAGUGGGCAGCGGUCAUAAGGACCAUCAUCAGGCUUCAAUUGCAGAGAAUGGGGUCGCUACUUGGGCGUAUGAAGUCUCUAUCGACUGGAGAAGUGCAGGAUGUACAUUCAGAUAUGCUGAAGAAGCUUCGUGAUAGGGUUCGGUCACUCUUACAUGUAGCUGGAGGAGGCGACUUGGACUGAGACACCGGACUUGCGUUCCUUUAGGGGACCUCUAAGACUUUUUGUCUUUUAGGUUCUCUUAACCAAAGGAGCAAGAUGAUACUCCAUGGAUGGUACAUGAUUAGACGCUAGGGCUUCGAAGUAUAAGUAGUCCGAUUCACUACGAUCAUAUUGUCGUCUGCAAGUGACUUGUACAGACAGUCGUGCUUUGAUUCU